AUGCGCUGGUGCGAGCUGCAUUGCACCCAGGUGGUAGCAGAGAGCAUGCAGGCUGCAUCCAGCCAAGGUGCUGACGACUCAGGAGACCACUUCCAAGAAGCCACCAUUGCCACCACCACGUCAGCCCCGACCCAUCUGGGGGAUGGGUUCUUGCGCCUGGUGAACGGCAGCCAUCGGUGCGAGGGCCGCGUGGAGAUGUUCUACCUGUCCCAGUGGGGCACGGUGUGCGACGACGCCUGGGACCUGAGGGAUGCCAAGGUGGUGUGCAGGCAGCUGGGCUGUGGGCACGCUGUGGCAGCGUGGGGGGAAGCACGCUACGGCCCCGGCACCGGUUACAUCUUCCUCGACAACCUUAAGUGCAAGGGCAGCGAGCCCUCCCUGCUGCGCUGCUCCCACAUCCGCUGGGACGUCCACAACUGUGACCACUCGGAGGAUGCCAGCGUGGUCUGCAGCCUCCUAAGCAUCCACCACCUGUCACAAGCCCACCGUCAAGCUGACGUGGUGCUAACUAACACGAGGGCAGAAAGCCAACAGCUUGCCGUAGCCAGGCGUCACCCAUUUGGUCCAGAGAGCAGAGAUUUGGUGCAGAAUGGCCCCAGGCCCUCCGAAGGCUGUGGGUCCAUUGGAGGCUGGGUGCUGCCCUCCCGGCUGCCCACUGAAGCUCUGUGCUGGGCCGUCCUUGCAGAACUGCGCCUGGCCAACGGGCCCAGCCGGUGCCAGGGCCGGGUGGAGAUCCUCUACAACGGCUCCUGGGGCACAGUGUGUGAUGAUGACUGGGACAUCGUAGAUGCCAACGUUGUGUGUCGGCAGCUGGGCUGUGGCCACGCCAUCGCCCUGCCGGCACCCAUGACCUUCGGCCAGGGGAGCGGGCCCAUCUUCUUGGACAACGUGGACUGCAAGGGCCAGGAGGCGGCACUGAGCGAGUGCUGGAGCCACGGAUGGGGCAUCCACAACUGCUACCACUACGAGGACGUGGCUGUCGUCUGCAACGGUAAUAAGGCUUGGUUCCCUCAGGGCCAGCAUGCGGCUGGCAGAAUAUUAUUGUUUGUAUUAAGCCCUGGCUGGGAGCUCUCCAAGAGCGAGCAGAGAGCAGCACCACAUCCUAUCACCCAUCACUCACCUCCUAUCACUCAUCCUCCACCAUCGCCCAUCAUCACACCCACCGUCCCAAUGUUUCCCCUCCACCAAACAGCCUUGCUGGGCUGGCCAAGAGAAGACCCCCAGAACCUCCACCUUCAUGGUCAAACCCUGGUUCAGAUAUUCCUGCAGGAUCCCAUAAAUUGUGCUGCCCUAAAGCACAUCUUCUUCCAGAAACUUGGGCAGUUUCACCACCAUAAGCACAUCCAGAUCCCACUUCUGUGGGCCGGUGACCCUGAAGUAACAGCAAGACACUUGUCCCCCAUCUGUCACCCUCCAGGUGACGGCCGCAUCCGGCUGGUGAGCGGGGCAGAUGCCUGCCAGGGCCGUGUGGAGAUCUUCUACCAGGGGAGCUGGGGCACAGUGUGUGACGACGACUGGGGGCUGAGCGACGCCAGCGUGGUCUGCAAGCAGGUGGGCUGCGGCCAGGCUCUGGAGUACAAAAGCAACGCCUAUUUUGGCUACGGCACGGGGCACAUCCUGCUGGACAACGUCAACUGUGAGGGCAGCGAGCCCAUCCUCUCCGCCUGCUAUAGCCUCGGCUGGGGCAUCCACAACUGCGGCCACCAUGAGGAUGCCGGGGUCAUCUGCAUGGGUAAUGGGGCACGAUGAUGGGACGUCCUUGCGCAGGAACAGCCUGCCUGGCCGGGACGGGAGGGAGGGAACGGAGCCAGGGCUGGGCACGCCACCAGGAUUGCCCCCUCCCUGCACUGCCCAGCCCUGCCGUUAUCCACUGAUUACCGUUUAUAUUGUGUUAAUUCCCUUGAACUCCCUUGUUAUGUUGGAUAAUGAGUGGAGCAGGAAGUGAUGGU